GGGCUGCAGUAGCUCCGCAGCUCUCAGGUCACAUGGCCUGCCAGAGCGAGGGGAACCCUGCGCUGGAGCUGCGCCGUAGGAAAAGGUUUGACUUGCAAUGAUUCUGGCCUGAAUUCCAGGAUGAUUUGUUCUUGGGACCAGACAUGACCAAAAGUUGACCUCAUGAGCACACCAACCUCUCCAGCUGCCAUGCUCCUCCGGAGGCUGCGGCGACUCUCCUGGGGCAGCACUGCUGUCCAACUCUUCAUCCUAACUGUGGUGACAUUUGGCCUGCUGGCUCCCCUGGCCUGUCACCGGCUUCUGCACUCUUACUUCUACCUGCGCAAUUGGCAUCUGAAUCAAAUGAGCCAAGAGUUCCUGCAGCAAAACUUGAAGGAAGGGGAGGCUGCCCUCCACUAUUUUGAGGAGCUGCCCUCUGCCAACGGCUCUGUGCCCAUAGUCUGGCAGGCCACCCCUCGCCCCUGGCUUGUGAUCACCAUCAUCACUGUGGACAGGCAGCCUGGCUUCCACUAUGUCUUGCAGGUGGUGUCCCAAUUUCACCGGCUUCUGCAGCAGUGUGGCCCCCAGUGCGAGGGCCACCAGCUUUUCCUGUGCAAUGUGGAGCGCAGUGUGAGCCACUUUGACGCCAAGCUACUUUCCAAGUAUGUCCCCGUGGCUAACCGCUAUGAGGGCACUGAGGAUGAUUAUGGUGAUGACCCUUCCACCAACUCAUUUGAGAAAGAGAAGCAGGACUAUGUCUAUUGCCUGGAGUCAUCGCUGCAGACCUACAACCCAGACUACGUCCUGAUGGUGGAAGAUGAUGCUAUUCCAGAAGAGCAGAUCUUCCCAGUAUUGGAACACCUACUGCGGGCCCGGUUCUCUGAGCCACACCUCCGAGAUGCUCUGUAUCUAAAGCUUUAUCACCCUGAGAGGCUCCAGCACUACAUCAACCCAGAGCCCAUGCGGAUCCUGGAGUGGGUUGGUGUGGGCAUGCUGCUAGGGCCCUUGCUAACCUGGAUAUACAUGAGGUUUGCCAGCCGUCCAGGGUUUAGCUGGCCUGUCAUGCUCUUCUUCUCCCUGUAUAGCAUGGGGCUGGUAGAGCUGGUAGGCCGGCACUAUUUCUUGGAACUGAGGCGCCUGAGUCCCUCCUUGUACAGUGUGGUUCCUGCCUCUCAGUGCUGCACCCCAGCCAUGCUCUUCCCUGCCCCUGCAGCCCGUCGGACUCUCACCUACCUGUCCCAGGUGUACUGCCACAAGGGCUUUGGCAAGGACAUGGCAUUGUACUCACUGUUGAGGGCCAAGGGAGAGCGGGCCUAUGUGGUGGAGCCCAACCUUGUGAAACACAUUGGGCUCUUCUCCAGCCUCCGGUACAACUUUCAUCCCAGUCUGCUCUAGGGUGCCAAGACAUGCCUUUCUGAGAUUGGCCACUUCCUGGAGAUUCACAUAUUGAGCUCUUUAUUUAGACAUGGUUGCUUGCAGAUAUUCCAUUGUUUGGUGUUGCUAGGAGGAAAGGCACUGGGUCACCUGAGGAACACACAGAAGUCAAGAGCCUGGGCUCUGGUAACCCAUGACAGGAGCAGCACUUUGCUCCAGGUCCAGACCUCUCUCCCUCCACACA